AUGGCUAGCAAGGCACUGAGAUCAAACAGGCUGUUUUUCGAGCCAGGCAACACGAAUUCGAUACUAGAGGCAGCCAGGUUCCCAUUCGAGGAUUGUGUGGCAUUGGCUUUAGAAACAGCAGAUCCUUACAUGGAUUUUCGAAUCUCAAUGGAAGAAAUUGUUGAGGCUUGUGAACUGAAGAAUCAAGAGCAUCUAGAGGAGUUAUUGGCCUGGUACUUGAAGAUGAACAGAAAGAAGAACCAUGGCUUUAUAGUGGGAGCCUUCAUCGACAUGUUUGCUACUGUCAAUUCAUGUUCCUCUUCUUUUAUUUCUGCUUCUUCAGCUUCAUCUGCCAGGACAACAGGCGAGUGCGAGGAAGACUGA